AUGUUGACCCCAACUCGAUUGACUUUGGUCUCACUCCCUCCCACCUGCUUCGCCACUGAUCAAACUGCGUUGUCGACCUUUUAUGUUGAGGUCAGACAUCCCCUGGCUGAAUCAGAGGCUGCUAGACGCCCUUGCGGCUCAAUUGGCAGCUAUCAACGCUCAAUCCACCACCAAUGUUGCUCUUACCACAUAGACGUUGUAUCGUCGAACACUCCAACACCACCAUCAACAACAUCUGCCUCAAGUCUACCCCCAGCUACUCCCAAUCUCAAGUUUACAGCACAACCAUCUUUUGCUGCCGUCGUUGCAUCCAAUGCAGGUGCAAAGCGUAAGAAGAAGCCUGCUGCUCGUCCUCCUCCAUCUGCCACCAAGGCAUCCGCUACUCUUGCUCGUCUUUUUGCUCCUCAAAGUGAUAUACCAUCUGGUUAUCAAUUUGUGUACUAUGCUACUCCUGUCCGCCGUCGUCUUUCUGAGCUGCGUCGCCUUGUUCAAGGCGUAGGAUUGAAUAACUCUCGUGUGCUGGAUAUUCAAUAUCCUGUACAGAAUGCCAUUGAGGUCGAAAACCUUCGCUGCCUUCGUUCGCUGUCUUUUGUCCGUCGCUCUGUCCGUGUUUCUGUUGCUCGUUCUUUUCUUUUGUAUGAUCGCAUCAACCAAGCCCAAUUUGAUGCCAUUUUGAAAGAAGAAAUGCUUGCUCGUUCCUCCUCCUCUGCUGCUGCUAAACCACCAUCCCGAUCCUCUGAUCAAGAGCGUUUAGCCAAGAAACAACGUUUGAGUUAUCUUGGCUACCUCUUGCAUCAUGAUGCUGAAACUGCCUCUCUCUUGGCUUAUGCUGUCUCCCCAACUCUCUCUGCUACCAAGGAUCUUGAAAUGUCAGAGUCUUCUGAUAACUGA